UACGGCGGAGGCUGAGAGGCCAGGACAAUGUACUGGCGUGCUUCGGCUUCCUCGGGAGAGUUGGAGCGUCGCGCCUGGAAGCAAACAAGCCAACAACGAGCUCGAGACGAGCGACAAAGGCCGCCAAACGACGACGCCAGCCGAGCCAUGGAACGUCCGAGCGCCCCGGCCACCGCCUGAGCCACUUUGCGACGUCGAAGGAGGGAGGAAGCAGCCGGCCGGCCGGCCACCCAGGCCAGGAGUUUACGUUCGAGGCCGCCCGCCCGCCGCCCGCCGCCGCCGAGGUUGAGGUUGAGAAGGAGGCGCAGGCGCAAACGCAGGCGGGUCGCUCGCUGGCUCAGCCAAGCGAGCGAGAUGUUUUUGCUUACUGGCCGCUGACGAGCAACGAGAGGCGGCGGCGACGAGCGCAAGCCGACGAAGGACGAGGAAGAAGCCAGCGACCGCGAGCAGCAUGGCCGCGGUGCUGCGGACGCUCUUGUUUUCCACUUUUUGCCUCCCGCUGCGAGGCCAGCCGCUGCUGCUGUACGCCAACCGACGGGACCUGCGGCUGGUGGACGCGUCCCGCGAGCGCGCCAACGCCAGCGUGGUGGUGGGCGGCCUGGAGGACGCGGCGGCUGUGGACUACGUCUUCUCGCAGGGGCUCAUCUACUGGAGCGACGUGAGCGAGGAGGCCAUCAAGCGCACGGUCUUGGACCGGGCGGGCGGUGCCGCCGCCGUACACACGGUGGUGCCCGGCCUGGCCUCACCCGACGGACUGGCCUGCGACUGGCUGGCCGCCAAACUCUACUGGACUGACUCGGAGACCAAUCGCAUCGAAGUGUCGGAGCUGGACGGAAGCCUGAGGAAGGUUCUCUUCUGGCAGGAGCUGGACCAGCCCAGGGCCAUCGCCUUGGACCCCGCCAGAGGCUUCAUGUACUGGACCGACUGGGGCGAGAUCCCCAAGAUCGAGCGGGCGGGCAUGGACGGGACCGAUCGCUCCGUCAUCGUGGAGCGCGACAUCUACUGGCCCAACGGACUCACGCUGGACUACGAGCAGCGCAAGCUCUACUGGGCCGACGCCAAGCACAGCUUCAUCCACCGCUGCCACCUGGAUGGCACCAACAGGGAGGUGGUGGUGAAAGGCAAGCUGCCUCACCCGUUUGCCCUCACCCUCUUUGAGGACACGCUCUUCUGGACCGACUGGAACACGCACUCCAUCCACUCGUGCUCCAAGCACGACGGCGGCCGGCAGCGCGUGGUCCACUCGGACAUCUUUUCGCCCAUGGAUAUCCACGUCUUCAGCGCCAAGCGGCAAAGCCAGACGAGCACGCCGUGCUCUCUGGACAACGGCGGCUGCUCUCACCUGUGCCUGCUGUCGCCCGCCGAGCCCUUCUUCCGCUGCGCCUGCCCCACCGGAGUGCAGCUGCUGCACGACAACAGGACCUGCCGAGACGGCGCCACACGCAUGCUGCUGCUGGCUCGGCGGACGGACCUGCGUCGCAUCUCUCUGGACACGCCCGACUUCACGGCCAUCAUCCUGCAGGUGGACGACAUCCGGCACGCCAUCGCCAUUGACUACGACCCGGUGGACGGCUACAUCUACUGGACGGACGACGACGUGAAGGCCAUCCGCCGCUCGCUGCCCGACGGCAGCGACGCCCAGUUGGUGGUCACCUCGCAGGUCAGCCACCCGGACGGCAUCGCCGUGGACUGGAUCGCGCGCAACCUCUACUGGACCGACACGGGCACGGACCGUAUCGAGGUCACCCGUCUCAACGGGACCAUGCGCAAGAUCCUGGUCUCCGAGGACCUGGACGAGCCCCGGGCCAUCGUGCUGGACCCCGUGGCCGGGUACAUGUACUGGACCGACUGGGGCCAGGUGCCCAAGAUCGAGCGCGCCGACCUGGACGGCACGGAGCGGCUGGUGCUGGUCAACACCUCGCUGGGCUGGCCCAAUGGCCUGGCGCUGGACUACGACGAGCGCAAGAUCUACUGGGGCGACGCCAAGACCGACAUGAUCGAGGUGAUGAACAUGGACGGGACGUCGAGGCGGGUGCUGGUGGAGGACAAGCUUCCUCACAUUUUUGGCUUCACGCUGCUGGGCGACUUCAUCUACUGGACGGACUGGCAGCGGCGCAGCAUCGAGCGCGUCCACAAGCACACGGCCGAGCGCGAGGUCAUCAUCGAGCAGCUGCCGGACCUCAUGGGCCUCAAGGCCGCCUACGUCCGCCGGGCCUUCGGCAGCAACGCGUGCGCCCACAACAACGGCGGCUGCAGCCACCUGUGCCUAUUCAAGCCGCAGGGGGCGCAAUGCGGCUGCCCCAUCGGGCUGGAGCUGAUCGCCGACAUGCGCACGUGCAUCGUGCCCGAGGCCUUCCUGCUCUUCUCGCGCCACACCGACAUCCGCCGCAUCUCGUUGGAGACCAACAACAACAACGUGGCCAUCCCGCUCACCGGCGUCAAGGAGGCCUCCGCCCUCGACUUUGACGUCACCGACAACAGGAUCUACUGGACCGACAUCACCCGCAAGACCAUCAGCCGGGCCUUCAUGAACGGCAGCGCCCUGGAGCACGUGGUGGAGUUUGGUCUGGACUACCCCGAGGGCAUGGCGGUGGACUGGCUGGGCAAGAACCUAUACUGGGCCGACACGGGCACCAACCGCAUCGAGGUGGCCAAACUGGACGGCCAGCAUCGGCAGGUCUUGGUCUGGAAGGAUUUGGACAGUCCCAGGGCGCUGGCGCUGGACCCGGCCCAAGGUUACAUGUACUGGACCGAGUGGGGCGGCAAGCCCAAGAUCGACCGAGCGGCGAUGGACGGGAGCGGUCGCGUCACUCUGGUGGCGGACGUGGGGCGAGCCAAUGGACUCACCAUCGACUACGCCGAGCGCCGCCUGUACUGGACCGACCUGGACACCACGCUCAUCGAGUCGUCCGACAUGCUCGGUCAGGACCGCGAGGUGAUCGCCGACGACCUCCCUCACCCGUUCGGCCUGACUCAGUACCAAGACUACAUCUACUGGACGGACUGGAGCCAGCGCAGCAUCGAGCGGGCCAACAAGACCAGCGGGCAGAACCGCACCGUCAUCCAGGGCCACCUGGACUACGUCAUGGACAUCCUGGUGUUCCACUCGUCCCGCCAGGGCGGCUGGAACGCCUGCGCCUCCACCAACGGCCACUGCUCCCACCUCUGCCUGGCCGUGCCCGUCGGGGGCUUUGUUUGCGGCUGCCCCGCCCACUUCUCGCUGGGCUACGACAACAAGACCUGCAACGCGCCGACGUCCUUCCUGCUCUUCAGCCAGAAGACGGCCAUCAACCGCAUGGUGAUGGACGAGCAGCAGAGCCCCGACAUCAUCUUGCCCAUCCACAACCUGAGCAACGUGCGCGCCAUCGACUACGACCCGCUGGACAAGCAGCUCUACUGGAUCGACUCCAAGCAGAACGUCGUGCGUCGCGCCCAGGAGGACGGCAACCAGAGCAUGACGGUGGUGUCGGGCCUGCAGCUGUACGACCUGAGCAUCGACAUCUACAGCCGCUUCAUCUACUGGACCAGCGAGCUCAGCAACGUCAUCAACGUCACGCGCACCGACGGCGGCCGCGUGGGCGUGGUGCUGAGGGGCCCGCACGACAAGCCGCGCGCCAUCGUGGUCAACCCCGAGCGAGGGUACAUGUACUUCACUAACCUGCUGGAGCGCUCGCCCACUAUCGAGCGCGCGGCGCUGGAUGGGACGGAGCGCGAGGUGCUCUUCUUCAGCGGGCUGGGCAAGCCCGUGGCGCUGGCCGUGGACAACGAGCUGGCCAAGCUCUUCUGGGUGGACUCGGACCUGCGGCGCAUCGAGAGCAGCGACCUGUCAGGCGCCAAUCGCAUCGUCAUCGCCGACUCCAACAUCCUGCAGCCUGUGGGCCUGACUGUGUUUGGCAAGCACCUGUACUGGAUCGACAAGCAGCAGCAGAUGAUCGAGCGCAUCGACAAGACCACGCGCAAGGGCCGCACCAAGAUCCAGGCGCGGGUGGCCUACCUCAGCGACAUCCACGCCGUGCGCGAGCUCGACAUGAGGGACUACGGUAAACACCCGUGCACGUGGGACAACGGCGGCUGUUCGCACAUCUGCAUCGUCAAGGGUGACGGCACCAACCGCUGUUCCUGUCCCGUCCACUUGGUGCUGCUGCAGAAUGAGCAGUCCUGCGGAGAGCCGCCCACGUGUUCCCCGGAGCACUUCUCGUGCCGUUCGGGCGAGGUGGACUGCAUCCCUCAGGCGUGGCGCUGCGACGGCUACCCCGAGUGCGACGACAUCAGCGACGAGGUGGACUGCCCGGUUUGCUCGGACAGCGAGUUCCAGUGCGACAGCCGCCAGUGCAUCCAGCUCAGCCUUCGCUGCAACGGCGAGGUCAACUGCCAGGACCGCUCCGACGAGAACAAUUGCGAAGUGCGCUGCCCGUCGGACCAGUUCGCCUGCGCCAACGGCCAGUGCGUCGGCAAGCACAACAAGUGCGACAACAACAUGGACUGCGCCGACAACUCGGACGAGAUCGGCUGCUACUCCACGGAGGAGCCGCCCCCGCCCAACAACACGGUGGGCUCCAUCGUGGGCGUUGUGAUGGCGCUCUUCCUGGUGGGCGCCGUCUACUUUGUGUGCCAGCGCGUGCUGUGCCCUCAGAUGAAAGACGACAGCGAGACGGUCACCAACGACUUUGUGGUCCACGGGCCUUCCUCGGUGCCGCUGGGAUACGUGCCGCACGCCGCCCCCCUGUCCGCCUCGUUGCCAGGUGAGGCGCCGGCCGGCCGGCCGGCCGGCCGGGGAGCCCCGCCGCCCCCUCCGGCGCUAACCCGCUUGUCGUUUGUGCCAGUCAUGUCCGGGGGCAAGUCGGCCAUCGGCUCGCUCAGCAUCAUGGGCGGCAGCAGCGGCCCGCCGUACGACCGCGCCCACAUCACCGGCGCCUCAUCCAGCAGCUCGUCCAGCACCAAAGGCGCCUACUUCCCUCCGAUCCUGAACCCGCCUCCUUCUCCCGCCACCGUCCGCUCGCAAUAUACGCUGGAGUUCGGAUACUCGUCCAACAGCCCGUCCACGCACCGAUCCUACAGCUACCGGCCGUACACGUACCGCCACUUUGCCCCUCCCACCACGCCGUGCAGCACCGACGUGUGCGACAGCGACUACACGCCGGGCCGCCGCGCGCCGCUCAAGUCUGCGGGCGGCCGAGCAGCGGCCAAAGACUACGCCAGCGACCUCAACUACGAUUCUGAGCCUUUCCCGCCGCCGCCCACGCCUCGCAGCCAGUACCUGUCGGCCGAGGAGAACUGCGAGAGCUGCCCGCCGUCGCCCUACACCGAGCGCAGUUAUUCGCACCACCUCUACCCGCCCCCGCCCUCACCCUGCACGGACUCGUCCUGAACCUGUGACGAAGCUCGCCAUAACACCCCCCCACCCCCCUUGUAAAUAGCAAUUGUGCAUAAAUGAGGUUAAAAAUGGGAACGCCAGGCCGGCUGCUGCGGAACAUUUGUACAUUGAAAAAGAGGAAAACAUUUAUAUAUUUUCUAUACAGCGUUUACUGAUGAUGCUAUAGAGGUUUGUAUUCUGACGUUUGUAAAUUUUUUAAGAAAAGCUUUUAUUCAAAUCACACACAGAGAAGUUGCCUUAAAGGACACACUACGCCAAAUACGGAGCGUCCGCCAUUCCAGCCGCCCCAUCCCCGGUUCGCCCCGAGCGCCAUCCCUGCCGGUUCGCCUCGAGCGCCAUCCCCACCGGUUCGCCUCGAGCGCCAUCCCCGCCGGUUCGCCUCGAGCGCCAUCCCUGCCGGUUCGCCCAAGCCCCCCCCCCCCCGGUCCCAAUCGAGCAGCCAUCUUGUGCCUGAGCAAUUGAACAGCAAGUGUUUUUGCAGCAGCGCAGCGUUGCGGCGCGUUCAUAAGCUAGACGUUAUCGAGCACACCGAGAAGCAGCAGCAGCAGCCACUACCUUGUAAAGCGCUCCUUCCUCGUUUUCUAUCUCUCAUGAGCGUGACCAUGUUUGUUUUCUUCUGUUGCGUACCUCAACCUGCGGAAAGUAUGACAUUGAGCCGUCACUCGGAGCCACGGUUCCUGGCCCUUCCUUGUGACAGUUAGCGAAGCCGCCGGCUCAGCAAAUAUGGCGGCGCGUUUGGGCCCGGCUUGGUGUCUUUUCUGUUUUUCAGCGUUUGGUUGUUCAUCCUCUACUUUGGCCCAUCCGGCUGCCACCGUUAGCCGCUCCUGUCCUUCUCCUUCCUUUUGUCCAACAUAAAGUGAGUGACCUUGUACUUUC